AUGUGCGAUGACGGCGAGAAGAUUCGCCGAGAUAAUGUGAAGCUAACCGCUGAAAACAAAGCACUAAAGCGCCAGAUUACCCUCCUUAAAGAAAACGAAGAGCUGCGUUGUCUCCUGUCCUCCAACACGGCACCAGCACUUGGACAGAAGCCAAACUGUUUGCCAACCUUUAGUCACUCCACCACAGCUUCAACUGUUCGAGGUGCCACAUUCUGCUGUUCACCAGAGCAGACCAGCCCCAGUGACUUCCAGGACAUCCGGCAGCCAAGUCCAACCCUGGAGAACCUUCUCACCCUUUCACUGUCCGAUGACUCCCAUGCAGUGAGCUACAACACUACUCUCGGCGGACCGCAGCCAGCUCAGGUCCCCAGUUACUGUCGCACCACUGAGCUGUUCGAAACCAAUAAUCCCAAUGUCUCAAGCAGCUCCCAUGAUGUGAACAGCCAACUUUCCGACUCUGAGGCCCGGCCCAUGAACAAGAAGAUCUGGUUUUCAGAAUCAACCACGUCUGACGAAUCUAAAAAGCUGUUCCUUGAGGAAGGAAACAAGACACGAGUGUUUUACGUGAAUGAGAUGGACUCCUUCUCAAACCUGGAGAAGAACAGUCGAGUCAUCGGGGAGAUAGCUUUCCAGCUGGAUCGGAGGAUCCUUGCACAUGUGUUCCCAGGGCUAACCAGGCUGUAUGGAUACACGGUAUCCAACAUUCCAUCAAAAAUCAAGCAGAAUUCCAUUAAUCCCAUCGAUGGAACAGUGGAUAAGCAGAAAUGGAAGGAAAUGACACAGUGUUACACGGCUUUAUUAGCGAAACUGGAAAAACUCAACUACAAAACAGACGUCCACACGGGCUUCAGUGAAUUCCUGGUCAACACCUAUGGAAUCCUCAAGCAGCGUCCCAAUGCCUACACCAACAUCACAUACAACCCUAUCAUCCUGCGCAAGCUGGUCAUUGACAUGGUGCCUGCCAAGUUCCUCCGGGACACCCUUGUCCUGCUCAAUUGUCUAUGUGAGCUGUCCCGCAAUGACAAGAAACCUCUGUUUCCAUGGUGA